CGUUCCCCCCAAUGAAUGAAGAUCGAGAGUGAAACACCUCUAAUGGGCCUUGGCGGUGGCGGUUCGGUUGUCGCCAGACGGGAGGCUCGUGUCACAAUCAGAACAGUUUGAAGUGGCGCGCGGGUCGGUCGAUUGCAACGCGGAACGGAAAUCUAAGAACAAAUCCUAGGCAAUCUAUUAAAUCUCUCAAAAUCGGAUGAGAGAUACCUAUUAGUUUAGGAAUAUGAAAAUCAAUCAUUCUUUUCUAGUGUUGGCGGUUAUGCAGUUCUGGUCGGCAGUUCACGGUUAUGAUGGGGAUUACAACAUGACAGAAUACUGGAAAAUGCCUGCCUUGUUCCAGUACGACAGCAUCGAAAGCUGCCUAAGGUCAAAUCCGGAAGGGAUAUUCUGCGUAGUGAAGAGUGUCGUGAAACCCGACGAACGGUCGGAAAUUUGGGCCGCAAUUAAAAAAUAUUCAAAGUAUCCUUACCAGUACCGGCAUGAUGUGCUUACGCGAGGAGUGUGCUUGGGGCAGUGCGAGGAGCUGGUGAAAGCCCUCAGUGAACGAGAUCGGGUGCACUAUCUUCAACCCAAGUUCGAUAUAGAUUUCCGGUACAUCAUCGACGAUUGGUUGCUGCCCAACAUCAGCCACUACCGGCACCAGUACGGCUCGCUUGUCAACAUGUGCCUAAACUACCGGUUGCAAUCCACGCACAACCUAACGGCUUUUUCCGAAAUCGAGCAUUGCACUCGAAGCGCAACUGUCGACCGGAAAGCAGAUUUUUGGGACGUGUUGUUUGGUGCGAUUGUUACACUGCUGUUUACGCUUGCAGUGGGUUCGUCAAUCUACGACUGGAAAUUAGCCAAACAAGAUGAUCAUAAUCACUACCGGACACCGUACAAUAAUAGGGGGCGCAGUUUACUGACGGCAUUUUCGAUAAGACGAAACAUCAACCGGCUCACAAUCAAGCUGCAGACGAACCAGAUGCAGCAGGACCUCCGCUUCCUGGAAGCAAUCCGAGUGCUGAUAAUGGCCCUGAUUACAUUCAGUCACGUCAUGAUAGGAUUGGCCAUGACCACCACUCAGAAUCCCGAAUUCAUGGAAAAGCUUCUCUCGGCGCCGGGAUUCCAAAUUUUCCUCGCCCUGAUGCCGUUCGAGGUGGACUGUUUCUUCGCGAUCAGUGGUCUCCUGCUGGCAGUGCAGUUUAUCAAAUACACCCAAAGCCGGCGACAUUUCAGCUGGAAACCCUUCUGGAUGGGACUGGUUAACCGGUACCUACGCUCGCUUCCGGUGUACGCUAUGGUAAUGUUGUUUACAGUUUCGGUCUAUGAUCGGCUGCAGAUAAGCCCGUCUGCCUACCGGAUAAUGCCUAUGGUGCGGCGAAUAUGUCGAGACAAAUGGUGGACAAACUUUCUGUUUAUCAACAACUACUACCGGCCGGAAGAACAGUGCAUGAUUCAUACCUGGUACCUGGCAGCCGAUUUCCAACUGUUCCUAGUUGGAUUCCUGAUUCUUAUGGUCCUUUGGAAGUACCGGAGUAUCGAGCGAUCGUUGAUCUACGUGAUUUUGAUGGCAGGAAUCCUGCUACCGAUGGCAAAUAUAUACUUUUAUUCGAUGGAUGCGAUGAUGCUGUUAACGAAUAAAGGUAAUGCAUUUCAGCUGUGGUACGACAAGUGGUUUACGAAAACAUACGAGUCAACCGAAAGUCACUGCAUUAGUUAUUUUGGCGGAAUGCUGGUAGGCAUAAUCUAUCACAAAAUGCAGAACGACGAUCUAUAUCUGGCAAAGUCGAAGCUCUACAAAACUCUCCAGUACAGUGCCUUCCCAUUGGUACUCCUGUUCAGCCUGCCGGCACCGCUCUUCCACCAAUACGAGUUCAGCAAACCCUCCCUGUGGAUGGCCGUCUACGCAGGACUGCAUCGUCUGGCCAUCACAUCCUUCAUUGCCGUUGGCUUUCUGGUGCUGAUGUUCUCCAACCGAGAUGCACUGUUUGGUCGGCUACGGGCAUCUAAACUGUUGGAGAAUGCCUUCUAUAGGGUGCUAGGACGGCUCAGCUUUAGUUUCUACCUUAUUCAUAUGAAUGUGCUCAAAACUACGUACGGAAAUUACCACGAGGGUCAACGGGGAUCGAUGGGCAUGGUGGUAAGAAUUGCGACUACUUCGAAGUUUUAAAGAAAACUUCACUUGGUUCCAUCUCUUUUCAGCUUAGUGUGUUCUGUUCGGUGAUACUGCUAACCUACGUGUUAGCCCUGUUUGCUUACCUCUUCAUAGAGAAACCCUGUGAUAUUAUAUUCAAACAAUUGUUUGAAGGUAGUUCGGCAUCGCGUCAGGAGAAAGGUAAAAUACAAAAUCAACAUAUUG